AUGCUUGUUCGAUUGCAUUCUGGAUUGCUAAACACCAGUAACAUAUACAAUGGUAUUGAAACUUGGUUACGAAGAAUGUCGACGUGGAUCACAGCUGAGUUCGGUAAAGAAAUGGAAAAAGUUGAUAUACCUAUACCUAUUACACGUAAACCAAAUGAAUUGCUUGUUCGAGUUAAGGCAGCUAGUGUAAAUCCAAUUGAUACUGCGAUGCGAAAUGGAUACGGUAGAGAAAUCAGUUCAGCAGUAAAAAAGCUUCGAAACUGUUCAUUUGAACCUGCAGUACUACUACCAUAUAUUGGUGGACGAGAUUGUUCUGGUGUCGUUGAGUACGUUGGUAUGAAUGUUAAACGAUUUAAGAAAGGCGAUGAAGUUAUUGCUGUUGUUGACCCCUUUCGUCCUGGUACACAUGCCGAAUUCGCACUGGUUGACGAAUCAGAUUGCGUCAUGAAGCCAUCCAAUAUAUCUUUCAUUGAUGGUGCUGCAUUUCCAUACGCAGCUUGUACUGCUUGGUCAGCACUUGUAUCGGUAGCUAGAAUCAGACCACAAGAUGCUACAUCAAAACGUGUAUUAAUACACGGAGGUGCUGGUGGUGUUGGAACGACAGCAAUACAAAUGCUUAAAGCUUGGAAUGUUGAAAAAGUAGUCGUAACAUGCUCGGAAGAUUGCUUUGAGAUGGUGGAAAAACUUGGAGCUAUACCAAUAAAUGCCAGAAGUCCAGAAGCCUUGCAAAAAUUAAUCGACGAAGGACCUUUUGAUGUAAUAUUAGACUGUGUUCAAUCGGAAUUAGCAGAAUGGAGUGAUAGGGUAUUGGGAUUGUGGAGAAACUGUGUGCAUGUUUCAUUGUUGAGUCCACUUCUUAAUGACACGGACAGGUAUGGAAUUUUACUGGGAGUUGUUUCAACUGCUGCGCAGUACCUCUUGAGGGCAGCAUUGCCUGGUCUUCAACGUGGACAGUGGUAUGCGUAUGCGUUCUUUGCUCCACAUCCUGAGUGCAUGGAGCGAAUCGCCGAGUACUUAAAAGAUGGCAAAAUGAAGCCGGUAAUCGAUCAAAUUUUUAACUAUAAUGAACUUCCUGCGGCUUACGAGAAAGUAGGGAAAAAGAAAGGAAGAGGCAAAACAAUUAUUGAUAUGAAUUAA